GCUUGGGGAGGAGGGGGAAAGCAGGGUCAUGGGGGGGCGUGAAGAGGCUGAGAUGGGAACCCCCCCCCAUGGUUGUCCCGGAGGAACCUUCGACCUUUCCCUACCACCGAAAAAAAAGAGAGAGAGAGAGAGAGAAGGAAACAAACAAAUUUGGAUUUUUUCCCAUCAAUCCCGAAAUACAACGAGAUCUGAAGAGCCGUGUGGGAGGGAGGCAGUUUAAAGGGGGGAAGGGGGUCCCUGACCGCAGGGGAGACGGACGGGGCUCGCUUCUCUCAGUCUCCUCCCCACGCCCGGCUUUCUCAGUCCUCGCCGCCCCGAGCGGGCUCCGGGAGCUGGGGACGCCCGGCUGGAGGAGACGAUCCUCCCGCCUCUGGAACUGGGGCUGCGGGGGUGGGGGCCGAGCCGAGGGCGGCGCGCGGCCAAGUUGCAAAUUGGAUUAGGGAGUGUGGGGGCACCAUGCUGACCCGCCUGUUCAGCGAGCCCGGUCUCCUCUCGGAUGUGCCCAAGUUCGCCAGCUGGGGCGACGGCGACGACGACGAGCCGAGAAGCGACAAGGGCGAGGCGCCGCCGCCACCUCCGCCUCCGCCGGGGCCCGGGGCUCCGGGGCCCGCCCGGGCCGCCAAGCCCGUCCCUCUCCGUGCUGACGAGGUGCCGGAGGCCGCGCUGGCCGAGGUCAAGGAGGAAGGCGAGCUGGGGGGCGAGGAGGAGGAGGAAGAGGAGGAAGAGGAAGGGCUGGACGAGGCAGAGGGCGAGCGGCCCAAGAAGCGCGGGCCCAAGAAGCGCAAGAUGACCAAGGCGCGCCUGGAGCGCUCCAAGCUGCGGCGGCAGAAGGCGAACGCUCGGGAGCGCAACCGCAUGCACGACCUGAACGCGGCUCUGGACAACCUGCGGAAGGUGGUGCCCUGCUACUCCAAGACGCAGAAGCUGUCCAAGAUCGAGACGCUGCGCCUCGCCAAGAACUACAUCUGGGCGCUCUCUGAGAUUCUGCGCUCGGGCAAGCGACCCGACCUGGUGUCCUACGUGCAGACGCUGUGCAAGGGCCUGUCGCAGCCCACCACCAACCUGGUGGCCGGCUGCCUGCAGCUCAACUCGCGCAACUUCCUCACUGAGCAGGGCGCCGACGGCACGGGCCGCUUCCACGGCUCCGGCGGCCCAUUCGCCAUGCACCCCUACCCGUACCCGUGCUCGCGCCUGGCGGGCGCACAGUGCCAGGCGGCGGGCGGCCUGGGCAGCGGCGCGGCGCACGCCCUGCGGACCCACGGCUACUGCGCCGCCUACGAGACGCUGUACGCGGCGGCUGGCGGCGGCGGUGCGAGCCCGGACUAUAACAGCUCCGAGUACGAGGGCCCGCUCAGCCCCCCGCUCUGUCUCAAUGGCAACUUCUCGCUCAAGCAGGACUCGUCGCCCGACCACGAGAAGAGCUACCAUUACUCUAUGCACUACUCGGCGCUGCCCGGCUCGCGGCCCACGGGCCACGGGCUGGUCUUCGGCUCGUCGGCUGUGCGCGGGGGCGUCCACUCGGAGAAUCUCUUGUCUUACGAUAUGCACCUUCACCACGACCGGGGCCCCGUGUACGAGGAGCUCAAUGCGUUUUUCCAUAACUGAGACCUCGCGCCCGCCCCUUUCUUUUUCUUUUGCCUUUGCCCGCACCCCUGCCCCUAGGCCCCUCGAGCGCAGGGGCACCCCACCUACUCCGGCGCGGGGCGCGGGGAGCGGGCUGCCAGUCGUGCCGCUCUCCUAGGCAGCGCGGUCCCCUUACCUGUGGGUGGCCCGUCCCAGGGGCCUCGCUUCCCCCAGGGGACUGCCUUCUCUCUCCCCAAGGGGUUCCCUCCUCCUCUUUCCCAGGGAGUACUUCUACAGGGACCCCUCUUUGGGCACUCCCUGGAGAUCCCACCACCACCACCAAUUCCCAAUCCCUGCACUUAGGUUUUCUCUUCCCCUUUCCCCCUGCAGGCCCAAAGGCUUUGGUAAGGGGGCAGCUGAGCUGUGGGAUACUGUUCUUCCCCUAUUAUUAUUAUUAUUACUAGAACAGACACCGAGCUGCCGGGCGCCCCCUCUUUCUUGAAGAGGGCAGAAGUCAGGGCACGGAGCCUGGACCUGGAAGCCCUCAUCAUCCCCAACCCCUAGUCUAAGCGUUUUGUGAUUUUAAUUUUGGCGGGAGGGAAUGUGGAUUGAAGGAAAGAGAGAGGCCAAGACAAUUUGUAACUAGAAUCCAUUUUUC